AUGUCAUUUGGGUCUUUCGAUCAUAUAUGUAAUAAAACAGCUUUACCCUUAUGUUCAGUUGUUGGUGCUGUUAACCAAUCAGCUUUUUUCCAACGAGGUAUAGUCCCUGACUGUUAUGCCCGAUCAGUUGAAUUAGCCAACACCAUGAUUUUCCAAAUUGGUAAUGCUUUUGUUCAUUUUGGGGGAUUAAUCAUUUUAUUAAUUAUUAUAUUCAAUGUUAGAGCCAAAUAUACUGCCAUUGGUCGUAAAGAAAUGUUAUUUUUUUUAUAUUUGGCAAUUGGAUUAAUUGUUAGUAGUUUGAUUGUUGAUUGUGGUGUUAGUCCUCCAAGUAGUACUAGUUAUGCUUAUUUUGUUGCUGUACAAAUAGGGUUUGCUAGUGCUCUUUGCAUUUGUUUAUUAUACAAUGGAUUCCUAUGUUUCCAAUUUUGGGAAGAUGGUACUAGUAGAUCUAUGUGGAUUUUAAGACUGGGAUGUUUUGCAUGGUUUGCUGUCAAUUUUAUUGUUUGUAUUAUUACUUUUAAACAUUGGGAUACAGCAUUGGAUUAUAGGAAAACUACAACUUUAUUUAUCUUUGCUUAUGUUUUGAAUGCCAUUAUAUUGGCGGUUUACGUUGUAUCACAAAUAGUAUUGGUUGUUUUCGCAUUAGAAUCAUAUUGGCCAUUGGGGGCUAUAUUAUUGGGAGUGUUCUUUUUCGUUGCUGGCCAAGUAUUGACAUAUGUGUUCAGUGAUAAAAUAUGUCGUGGAGCCUCUCAUUAUGUCGAUGGAUUAUUCUUUGGAAGUGCAUGUAAUGUCUUUACUUUUAUGAUGAUCUACAAAUUCUGGGAUAUGAUUACAAGUGAUGAUUUAGAAUUCUCAGUGGCUAAUGUCGAACAACCAAUAAAUGAAUUUGGCGUUGGAGCUGAUGAUGAAAAGAGAUCAAGUAUGUUUUUCUAG